AUGAAUGAUUCUAGGCAGCAGUCACUGUUCUUCAUCACACUUCCAGAUUUACACAAACUCUGUGCUAUCAGGAUAAUAUUGAAUAAUGGUGUGGCAGAUACUGCGAUUAGGAGUACACAAAUGAAGAUGUGCAGGCAAUUGCUACUUUUGCAUCAAGAUAUUCUUACAUCACCUGUGCCUGGAGUAUUAAACCAAAUUUGGGUGGUGAUGGCGAUAGCAUUUUAUAAAGCUGGAAAACUUAAUGCCUAUAUUGAAAAAUUUGGAGCUAAGAUGGAGGCUCCACAAAGAGUAAUUCCUGUAAUUCUUGAAAACUGCCUUUCAUAUUCAUUCGUGGCUAGACUUGCUCCAUCCUGGAACAGAACUGGCCAUCUCUUGGUACAAGGAAGAGAUUUUCUUUCUCAGAUGGGAAAGCAAAAUGCUGUUGUAUUAGACAUCAAUGUAACAGAAACUCAAGUUUGUCUAAGUAUAGAAGCUUGCACAGUCAGACUGCCACCACCUGAGCUAAAAGAGUUCGAUAUUUCUCAGAGUGUUAUAAAGGAUUUUUAUACUAACAAGAAUGCUGUCAUUGAGAGACAUUCCAUUUUAAGCAACUGGUGCUACGUUUUGCCAAGUAUGAAAAUGGGACAAAUAAUAAGUAUUCUUCAUACCACUCCCCCUGACUGUCCUUAUCACACAUAUGAAGAUUUUCAGACGUACUGGAAUGACCUGUAUGGCUGUAAACUUCCAGAUUGUGGAAAUGUUGAAAUAUACUGCAGCAUCUCCUUCAAAAUGAUCAGAGAAAGGACUUUCUCAUACCCUCUCAGUUGCAUCAGAAGUCAGCCAGUACAGUUCUUUCCAAGGGUAGAUUUGGAAGGUGUCUUGAGAACUUUUCUUUCAGAUUUAAAAUCUAAACUGCCCCAUAUAUGUGGAUUUCCCAUAAAGAUGACAAAUAAACCAUGCUACUACACACAAGAACUAACUAAACCUCAUAUACAGGAAAACAAAAUCAAGCCACCCAAUUUGACCACUAAAAAAAUGUUCAGGGCUUCUUUGACUCAAGCCACUUCCACAAAACCUGCCUUGGCUGAAAGUCUUCUACCAUGUUUAGUAGCAGGAGGCCACAAGGUGGAGCUUUCGGCCAGCCAGCCAAAGUCAGGAGUUUUCUCAGCUCUGCAUCUCCAGCCAGAGUCUGUCCAGAGUAGAAAGAAAUCCCUGUCUAAUAAGGUACCACAGGUACAUUUGGAAGUAUUAAAACCCAACAAAGGAAAUACUCAAGUUCAACAUACAAAUCUUAGCUCUCAGAGUAACAUCACCCCUAAAUUCAUACCAAUUUUCAAAAAUAGAUUGUUACAGACGAACAAAAAUAUCUCAGCACUUGGCAACCUCAAAGGAAAACAGCAUGUUGUUACAGAAUCUGAAUCGUUUUCACUUAAAACUAGUAUGAUACGGGAUGACAAACUUAAUGUAGAUCCAGCCAUUAAAAAAAGAUCUAAUAGUAACAUUCAGAUGCAUGCUAGAAAUUUAAAUCAGAAGAGUUCCAGACCUCUACAAGAAAAAAAUACUGAGUUCUAUGAAAAUAUGACAAAGUAUCUGUCUUCAACUGUGAGUUUAAAUGAAAGCAAACUGUCUAAUAGUGCAGUAGUUCAGAUGUCAAAUAACAAUUUAGGUGUGAUAAAAAGUGCUGCCGACUUCCCAGGGAAUGGAAAAGAAAACUUGACAAGCAAAUUUAUAAAACAAGUUUUAGGGAAAGGCUACGAGUCAUUAAAACUGAAAAGACAACCACACAUUUUUGAAUCAGAUACAGAAACAGAAACAGAAGAACCCCAACUACUGCAGCAACGAUCAGCAGAUCAAACUAAAGUUGAUGUAAGUGACCACAGGUUGAUAGUAAACAGAACAGCCCACAGGUCUAAAGGAAAACUAUGCCCACAGUCUUCGAGAACUUCAAAGAAGCAUCAUUUCAAUACUGCCCAUUAUGGGCAAUCCAGUUCAUCUAAGGACCAGAUACAUGAUUUAGAUAAAUCAAAACUUAAGAAAUCUCUCAUUAUGCGUUAA